AUGCCUUUUUACCAUUGUCCAUCAAUAGGUAUGCCAGGUCCGUACCCACUACCGAUGCCAUCAAAACCAGUUAUCGUGCACGUACCGGUACCAUCCCCCCCUCAAAGAAUUAUAGUACCUGGUCCAUCAAUACCUGUUCCAAUACCGAUAGAGAAGAAAGUGCCGUACCCCGUGCCCGUAAAUCGACCUUACCCGGUUGCGUUACCUCCGAUUCCCGUACCUUACCCGGUUAAUCGAUACAUUCCUAUUCCAGGUAGAGAUAGGUUGGUACCGGUCCCCGUGCCAUAUUCUGGUAAGUAG